CAGUUUCCGAUGACUGUAGACGAGAAGUAAGAUACCAAAUCCAGCUAUGCUGUGUCACCAGGCAUCGGCACUGUGAUCACAGAGGUUACGAGACCGCAAUGUGUUUUGAUGUAUGGUCUGACAUCGCUCGGUAGACUCGACUGGAGACCACCCCCAAUGAAAGAUGGUCAUCGCGGACGUUAUCUAUGGACCGACGCCUUUGGUGUUUUCAACUUCGUCACACUGUUCAAGGAAACAUCGCAACCACAUUUCCUGGUCCUAGCCGCCAUACUUGUGGAGACAGUACACGGAGUUCUGGGCCGAACGCGGGAUCUUUCUGCACGGCUGCCAGGGGCUUCGGAUGAGUCCCCGCUAGCCGGCGGACUACGAAUAGGAAAGAACGAAGCAUCUGGGUCUGAUGGAGAUGGACAAUACCACCACUAUCUCACGUUAUGGAUGCUGGCGCUCAAUCGACUCAGUAUUGCAAGUGGUGAAAAGAAAUACAAUGAUCAAGCCAUCUCUCUGGCACGGGCAACACAUCCGGCGUUUAUGUAUCAGCGAGAUGCUCCACGACCUCAGAUGGUCUGGAAGAUGUCAAUAGAUCUGUCUCAUCCUCUAUGUCGAAGCGAAGGCAACCUUGAUCCGAUAAAUGGUCUUGUCACGUAUCGCAUACUGCAAGAGACAAGUGGUAAUCCGGAAGUGCUAAAAGAAGAAAUCAGCGGAUAUCAAAAGAUCGUUGAUCAAAAGUGGAAAGGAUACACUUCUUCAGAUACAUUGGAUUUAGGUAUGACUCUUUGGACUGUUCACUGGUUCUCGGAUGGAGAUGACUGGGCGAAACAACUCGCUGCUGCAGCAAUUCGUGAUAUGCGGAUACUGUUCCACGAAUCGCACUACCUGGACCUGCCAACUGCACAGCGUUUGGCUUUCAGAGAGUUUGGAACUUGUCUGGGCAUCAGGGUCCAUCCGAUAGCAGAGCUGGAGCCCGUGGCCAAGCACAUAAUCACAGACUGGGAAGGCGCCAGCAGAGUACCCAUCCCUAAGAAAAACGUCGAAAUGGAAAGUCUCGAGCCGAUGGAUCUGGUCAUGUACGCCGCAGCAUUAUGUCCAGGAGCGUUCAAAAGGAAUUAUCUCAAUUAAUCUAUAGUUCUAUUAUUAAUUAUGGGUACCGUCCAUUCCCCAAAAUAC